AUGCAUAAAUUAUGGACAGCAGAUCCAAAAAAUGUUCACGAGACGUGGGAUAUGUAUUUUAGAAAUAUUCUUUUUUCUGAUUUUGAAAGUACAAAACAGUUAAUAAAAACAAUUAAAAAAAUUCCAACAGAAGUACAAAAAGCAGUUACUGAUACAAAACAAAUUACUGAUUCACAAAAGAUUGCCGAUACACAACAAAGCACUGAUACAAAAAAAAUUGCCGAUAUAAUAAAAGUUGCUGAAACACCGAAAAUUCCUAAAAAACUCACCCAUACACAAUCUUUUACAUCAGAUUCAUCAGAUAUUAAUAAAAUUUCAAAUUAUUAUGGUCAUACCACCAAAGAACCAGAAGCACCAGCCGAGGAUUGUAAAAGAACGGAUGUUUUUAAUUUUCCAACCAUCGAAGUAAUAGAAUCAAAAAAAUACGACUUAACUAAUAAAAUAACAUUUAAACAAGAUUUAACUACUUUGACCGACUGUAGUGAAGAUACAUGGCUAUUUUUAUUGUGCAGAAAAUAUCAAAAUUAUGGUCACUUUUUGGCUAAAACUGACCCAUUAGAAUAUACACGCAAUGAUGUACUUAUGAAAUAUCGAAUGGCUAUAGAACACACACUUGAAACUUUAAAAGAAAAAAUUCAUGCGGAUAAGGAAUGUUAUUUAUCAUCUAUAACGAAUAUUGGUGGACAAAAUAUUACACUACCGUUUAAAGAAAUAGUUAAGCGCCUUGAAAAAGUUUAUACGAGUAGUAUGGGUAUACAAACUAGACAAAAUAAUCGCAUUUUUAUAAAGAAGUGGAUUCAGAAAAAAGUUGAAUAUCCUACGCUAUAUGAAAAUGUAACCCCGUUGGAAAAGCUGAUUGCAUUAAAACGUUUAAUAAAUACCACAGGAUUUGAUAAAUUUGUGGCAAAAAAUUGGCCAAACGAAGUUUCAUAUGGUUUCAAUGGAUUGGAAAGUGUUAUUCCAGCAUUAGGUCAAAUCAUAGAUACAGCUUCUUCCAUGGGAGUGACUCAAGUUCUAAUUGGUAUGGAACAUCAAGGUCGUUUAAAUGUAAUUGCUAACAUCCUAAAAAUACCAUUACGUCGAAUUUUUGCUUUAUAUGGUGAUCCCAAAGGUAACCUGACAAUGGGAACUUCUAAUCAGUUUUUAAAUUUAACAUCAGAAAAGCAUAUCCGUUUAUCAAUAAGUCCUAGUUCAAGCCAUGUCGAAUAUGCUGGUCCAAUUUUAAUGGGCAAAGCCAAAGCGUUAAUAUCUCAGAAAAAUGAUUUAAAAGGCAAAAGUGUUUUGCCAAUAGUUAUUCAUGAAGACUCGGCAUUUUCUGGUCAAGGUGUUUGUUUUGAAACAGUGCGAUUUGAUCAAUUACCAUUAUAUACACCGUUCGGAACGAUUCAUGUGGUAUUAAAUGAUUAUAUGACUACAUCUACACAUUCAUCAAGUACCCGAUCCACAAUAUAUCCUACGGCAGUUUCUUUCGUAAACGAAGCACCUGUUUUCCACGUUAAUGGAGAUGAUAUCGAAAGUGUACUUUAUGCAGCCAAAUUAUGUGCCGAAAUACGUCAACGAUUUCAAGCUGAUGUUAUUUUAGAUGUUGUUGGAUACAUUCGUGAUAUGGGAAAUCUUCAAUUUGUUGAACCGAUUAUGUAUUCAAAAAUUAAUCAAAUGGAGCCAGUAAUGGAUAAAUUUUACGCUCAGCUAAAAAAUGAGAAAAUAGUAACGGAAUCAGAAUACAAAAUGUUUAAAGACGAUUACGACCGACGAUUAAAAGAAGAAUUUGCGAAAAGUGGAGAAGAGAAACCUGAUGCGGAACAUUGGAUAGACUCUCCAUGGAAAAGUUUCUUUCAAGGGACAAAUCUAUUUCAUUGCGAUGCAACAGGAAUUCAUGAACAAACGAUUUAUCAUACGGGGAAAAAACUUUCCGAAUUGCCAUUAAAAUAUGAUUUACAUCCACAGGUUGUGCGUGUCCUUCAAAAAAGAAAAGAACUGAUAAAAGAACGUUUAAUAGAUUGGGUAUUAGCUGAGGGUAUAGCUUUUGGUUCGUUACUUAAAAUGGGAAUUCCUGUAAGAUUAUCUGGCAGUCAGGUUGCAAUUGGGACAUUUAAUCAAAGACAUCAUAUACUUUACCAUCAGACUAAAGAUAAGGUAGAAUAUCACCCAUUGUCUAACAUAUAUCCCGAUCAAGCGGAAUAUUUAAUAAUUAACAGUCCAGAUGCUGUAAAUGGUACAUUGGCAUAUGAGGUAGGAUUAUCUACAAUAUCUCCAAAACUUCUUGUUGUAUGGGAAGCUACAUAUGGUGAUCAAGUAAAUCUUGCUCAAACCGUUAUAGAUAAUUAUAUUGCGUCAGGAGAAGCAAAAUGGAGACGUCAAAGUGGACUCGUUCUAUUAUUACCGCAUGGAAUGGAAGGGGAAGGCGCAGAACGUUCAAAUGCCAGACCCGAACGCUUUUUAUGUCUUUGUAAUGAUGAUCCUGAAUUGCUACCAACCGAGACUUCUGAUGUCAAUUUUAAUAUGAAACAAUUGUAUCAUUGCAAUAUUAUUGUUGCAAAUUGUACAACACCUGCUAAUUAUUUUCAUAUUUUGCGACGUCAAAUUCUAUUACCAUUUCGUAAACCACUCAUUUUAUGUACACCUAAAAGUAUGAUAAAUAAUUCUUUAUUCAGGAGUUCAUUUGAGGAUAUAAUUUAUCCAACAGAAUUUAAACGUAUUAUAUCAGAAUUUGAUGAAUCGGCUAGCAAAGAUCAGUUCGAUAAUGUUGUAAAAUUAAUAUUUUGUUCGGGUUCCGUUUAUUAUGAUUUAAUGGAAGAACGAGAAAUGAGGAAUUUAAAUGAACAAAUUUCAAUUGUUCGCAUUGAACAGCUAGCACCGUUUCCGUAUGAUUUAGUAAAAAUAGAAUUAGAAAAGUACAAAAAUGUAAAACAAAUUGCAUGGGCCCAAGAAGAGCAUAGAAAUCAUGGUCCAUGGUACUUUAUUGAACCUCGUCUUCAUUAUCUUGGAGUUGAAAACUUACAGUAUAUUGGACGGUUAACAUGUGCAGUACCCGCUGAUGCAUAUGAAUCCCGAUUUAUAGCUCAACGUAACGCAUUUUUAAUAGAAGCUAUGAAAAUUUAA